GGAGGAGACCCAAUUGGUUGAUAAACCUUAGAUAUUUGAUCAAAUAAUAACCCCGAUCACGUAUGAUAUAGUAGUUUGGUAAACGCGCGAAACCAGACCUUAUAUUGUCAUUUUGCUGCUCAGGGUCUGGUAUUCACAGGAUGAGGUCAUUGUGGAGGGAAACACUGUAGAGGGCUGAGUGGUCGUCUAAGUUACAGUCAGGCUACAGUAUGUAAUCCUGUACAGCAUCUGUCCCAGCAGUGGCUGUUGGCACAAUGGGGCUGGACUUUGACGUAAAGACAUUUUGUCACAAUCUGCGGGCCACCAAGCCCCCUUAUGAGUGCCCAGUGGAGACCUGCCGUAAGGUUUACAAGAGCUACAGUGGCAUUGAGUAUCACCUUUACCACUAUGACCAUGACAACCCAACUCCUGCACAGGCUGUACCCCAGAAGAAGAGAAAGGGGCGGCCUCCUCGUGCAUCACUGGCCGGGUCAGGAGAUACAGAUGAUGGUGGAGGCAAUGGAGGUGGAGGACCGGGGCACGGGGGGAACACCCCUGGUAGCCCCAACCGGUCCGAGCGUUCUCACUCCCCCGGCAGAGAGACAAUGACCUAUGCCCAGGCACAGCGCAUGGUGGAACUGGAGAUUCAAGGACGCAUUCAUCGCAUUAGUAUCUUUGAGAACAUUGAUGUGGUGUCGGAGGAAGACAGUGAUGCAGAGGAUACUCCCCCGCCUGGUACUGGUGGGAGUGGUGGAGGUGUUUGUAACGGUAGUGACGGUGGAGCCGGAGGUAGCGAGUUAGGAGGGAGCGGCAAGGACCGGCCAGAUAUCCCAUCUUCUAAUGGGGGCAAAGCCACCCCAAAAUCUGGGAAGCAUAAGAGUAAAGAAAAGAAGAAGGAUGGCUCAUCGCAUCAUCACAGCGCUCAGUCCGGGCCUGCAGUCAAGCUCCCUGAGGCGGUGUUCAGAGAGCUGGACCAAGAGAGACCUGACGCCCCUCCCCGGCCGUCAUCUUACUACAGGUACAUCGAUAAGUCUGUGGAGGAGCUGGAUGAAGAGGUAGAGUAUGACAUUGAUGAGGAGGACUACAUCUGGCUUGACAUCAUGAACGACAAGCGGCGGCGUGAUGGUGUGACACCCAUACCUCAGGAGGUCUUUGAGUACCUCAUGGACCGCUUAGAGAAGGAGUCCUACUUUGAGAGCCACAACAAGGCAGACCCCAGUACCCUAAUUGAUGAAGAUGCUGUCUGCUGCAUUUGUAACGAUGGAGAGUGUCAGAACAGCAAUGUGAUCCUGUUCUGCGACAUGUGUAACCUGGCGGUGCACCAAGAGUGCUAUGGCGUGCCCUACAUCCCAGAGGGCCAGUGGCUAUGUCGUCGUUGCCUGCAGUCUCCAAGUCGAGCUGUGGACUGUGCUCUCUGUCCCAACAAGGGAGGAGCUUUUAAACAGACAGACGAUGCGCGCUGGGCACACGUAGUGUGCGCCCUCUGGAUCCCAGAGGUCUGCUUUGCCAACACAGUCUUUCUGGAGCCGAUUGAUAGUAUUGAGCACAUCCCUCCUGCACGCUGGAAACUCACCUGCUACAUCUGCAAGCAGCGUGGUUCAGGUGCCUGCAUCCAGUGUCACAAAGCCAACUGUUACACAGCCUUCCACGUCACCUGUGCCCAGCAGGCAGGCCUCUAUAUGAAAAUGGAGCCUGUCAGAGAGACUGGGGCCAAUGGCACCUCUUUCAGCGUCCGUAAGACAGCUUACUGUGACAUCCACACACCGCCAGGAUCAGCCCGACCUUUGGGAGGAGUAGGCGGGGCCAGUAUGGGUUCAUCCCACAGUGAAGGAGAGCUGGAGGAGGAUGACGAGCCCAGCAUCGGCCACGAUGAUGACUCCAAGGGCUGGAGCUCUGAGCGAGCCAAGAGGGCAAAGGCAAAAUCCAGGCUGAAGAUGAAGAGAGCAAGGAAGAUCUUAGCUGAGAGGAGAGCUGCUGCGCCAGUGGUGUCUGUGCCCUGUAUACCUCCCCACAGGCUCAGCAAAAUCACCAGUAAUUUGACGGUACCCAGGAAGAGCCAGUUCAUGCAACGACUUCACAGCUACUGGACCCUGAAGAGGCAGAGUCGCAAUGGUGUACCUCUGCUGCGCCGGCUCCAAACCCACCUGCAGUCACAACGACAUAUUGACCCACUCCCACCACAACCUUCGUCGCAGCUUCCUUCAGUGUUGCAGAGGGACAGCGAGGAGAAACAGACUGCUUUAAAGGAGCAGCUGAAGGCAUGGCAGAGACUGAGGCACGACCUAGAGAGAGCCAGGCUACUGGUGGAGCUCAUCCGCAAGAGGGAAAAACUCAAGAGGGAGACGAUUAAAGUGCAGCAGAUGGCGUUGGAGAUGCAGCUGACUCCUUUCCUGGUGCUGUUGAGGAGUACGUUGGAACAGUUACAGGAAAGAGACACGAACAAUUUUUUCACUGAGCCUGUACCACUGGCAGAGGUGCCAGACUACCUGGACCAUAUUGACACUCCAAUGGAUUUCCAGACCAUGUGGAAUCUGCUGGAGUCCCAUCGCUACCUCACUUUUGAGGCCUUUGAGGCAGACUUCGGCCUCAUUGUCAACAACUGCCUCAAGUACAACGCCAAGGACACUGUCUUUUAUCGUGCUGCCCUGCGGCUCAGAGAAAUGGGUGGGGCUGUAAUAAGAACAGCCAGGCGCCAAGCUGAACGGAUCGGCUUCGACUAUGAGACUGGCAUGCACCUCCACCGAGAGCCGAGUCCAGACAGUCAGCGUGACCAAGAGAGAGAAAGGGAGAGGGAGAGGGAGCGGGAGCGAGACAGGGAUAGAGAAAGAGACCGGCCAUUGUCUUCUAAUGAAGAUGACCUGCUCCUGCCAGAGAACAGGCGACGGCUACCACUGGAAGAGCAGCUGCAUUACCUGCAGGCGCGUCUUGACGAGGUCAGCUCAGGGAAGCACAGCAUUGGUCAGUCUCGUAGAGCCAAAGCUCUGCGAAAAGAGAUCAGUGUCAUCAAGAGGAAGCUUGCACACCAGCGGGAGGGAGGCUCCGGCAUGGGGGGCCGGGAGUCUGUGGGAGGAGGAGACCGGGGUUCUUCUCUCCCCCAUCACCCAUCCUCUUCAGGACACCACGACGAGGGGGGAGAAAGCAGCAGCCAGGAGAUUGGUGGAAAAGAUAUGAGUGUUUCCUCGUCUGCCCUGGCUCCAGAGGUUGGCCGUCGGACAUCUGUCCUCUUCUCCAAGAAGAAUCAAAAAAUGACUGGACCUCCCAAAAGGCCAGGACGCCCUCCCAAGAACAGGGAUGCUGGCUACGCUGGGGCAGGGGUAAGCCAAAGCCCUAUUGGUCCCCCACAGCUGCCCCUGCUGUCACCAGCCAGGCAGAGGAAGAGGCCCCGCAGCCCCCACAGCAGCUCCACCUCUGACAGUGACAGUGACAACGACGACCUGCUGCCAGGUUUGCCAAGUAAUGGCUUUGAUGGAGGAAACCAGCCAGUGACAGAGAGCUUCCGCGUGUACAGAAAUGAGCCUCGUCUCCCUCGUUCCAGUUCAGACUCUGAGUCCACAACCAGCAGCAGCAGUAGUGCUGCUUCUGACAGGACCAGUACGACCCCCUCUAAACAGGGCAGAGGAAAGGCAUCGUUCUCUCGCUCUGCCUUCCAGGAAGACAGCAGUGAGGAAACAUCUGGCACCGAAAAUGAUUCAUACUCAGUUGGCGGAUCACGGGGCGUUUCACAUUUAGUGCGUGGCCGGGCCAGGUCAGGAUGCUGGAUGACAUCUGAUGACUAUUCUUCUCUGGAAGCUCUGGACCUGGUGUGGGCCAAGUGCAGAGGAUAUCCUUCAUACCCUGCUCUGAUAAUAGACCCAAAGAUGCCCAGGGAGGGGGUUUUCCACCGGGGCGUCCCAAUCCCUGUCCCCCCUUUGGAUGUGCUGAAACUCGGGGAGCAAAUGACCCAGGAAGCCAGGGAACACCUCUUCCUGGUUCUCUUCUUUGACAACAAGAGAACCUGGCAGUGGCUGCCGCGCUCUAAGCUGGUGCCGCUCGGAGUGGACCAGGAGCUGGACAAGGAGAAGAUGCUGGAGGGCAGGAAAUCAAACAUCCGCAAAUCAGUGCAGGUGGCCUACCACCGGGCCAUGCAGCACCGCAGCAAGGUGCAGGGAGACCCGAGCAGCGAAACCAGCGACAGUGACUGAACACAGACAAACCUUAUGUGUUGGUCCUUGCAGGUGUUGUGGAGUAUAUGUUUCUCUAUAGAGAGCCCAGCCCUACAUCACGGAACACAAGUAAUAGUGCCAGUGGCACCAAGUGGAAAAAGAACUCCGAUGCAUUAGCCCCAAUCCACGCACACCCAUGCACACUAAGCCGUAUUUAAUCUGACAUGUAAAAUACUGUAUUUAAGAGAAUUGCAAAAAAAAAUGGUAUUAAUGGUAGUGAUGGAAAAAUAUGCUAUGUUCAAAAUCAUGAAUCAGAAUAUUACUUGUAUGUGGUCGAUAUAUAUAUGUUUAAUAACAAAUGAGAUGAUGGUUUACAAACUCAAAAAAUGAACAUAGUAUUACAUUAUGAUGGAUACACAACUCUGCAUCUCCCUGUCGUUCUUACACAUCAUUCACACGUGUAAUUUUACAUGUGUGAACAGGGAAAUGCAUGUAGUGUACAUUAAAUCCACACUGUGGGUGUGACUGGGAAUGCCAUCGCUCUAGCAUUCAUCACCCAACUCUCCAAAAAAAACAAAAAAAAAAAAACAAAACAAAGGCCUGGUGCUAGUGUCGUUUCUCAGUGGAGCACAAAGAGAGACUGUGGCAGCCUGAACUGAGGGCAAGCCAACGUUGAUGUUAUUUAUUCUGCUUACUCCUUAACAAGGUCAACAAGCUUGUUUCAUCAUGGACUACUUCUAAUCACUCCAACUACACAAGAUGUCAUUGUGUGGUUCUUUUCAUGGGUCUCCCGUUUUUACAGUUUUGGUAACGGACGUCUGUGUCACACAGGCCACUGGUCAUGGAAUAAUGAGGACUAAACGGAAACACAUGAUCGCCUCUCUGUCUGUCUUAGUCUCAGGCUGAUGGCUUUAGAACUUUUAUAUAUACAGAUUACAUAAAGAUAGAAAUUUAAUAAAAAGAAUUGAGUUUUUUAAA